AUGCGGAAUAAAUAUAUUACUCCUGAUUCUUCAGAGACGAGUGAAUCUGAUAUCAGUUUAGAUGUGUCCAGUUCAGAUGAAACAGAGACUUGGAGAUUUGCUCCCUCAAAUAAUAACACAAGAAUUGCUCCACCACCUCCAUUAUCUCCAACUAUUUCCUCUUCUCAUACUCUAAUUUCAUCCACUAUUUUCUCUUCAUCCCCUAUUUCCUCUUCUCAUACUCUAAUUUCCCCUUCACCUCUUUCACCACCUUUAUUCAACGAAAAUGUUGAUUCAUUUUCUCCCACUAAUAUUGAUGAAUCAUAUUAUAUUUUAUAUCUUAUUGAGGUGUCCUUAUUAGUAUUGGAUAUUUUCAUUUUCAGUCAUUUAGGGUCUUUAUAUGAAAAGAAAAAAGCUGCUGAGUCUGAUUUUAUAAUUAUAUUAAAUUUUUUAAGUAUAAUUCUGAGUACACUUGGAAUGAUUAUUGGAUGUGAUAUAACAACAAAGACAAUUCUACAAGGAUUAUCAACUAUGAUUUUUUGGGGUUUUACAGUAAUAAUAAUAUUCAAUAAUUCAGAAUUUUUGGGUUAUAAAUCAAACAAGAUUGAAUUUGAAAAGGGCAUAAUAAUUUCUACAGCUUUUAUAAAUUUUUUAAAUGCAGUUCGCUUGUAUAAUAAUUCAAAAGAUUACAAUUCUUUUAAUAUUGAAAUUUUUAAAAUAAUUAUGAUUUUGAUCAGUAAUUAUGAUGAGUUUCUAAAACCAAUACUAUUAAUCAUUCCAUCAACUGUUCAAGGUGUGAUCCUGUAUCCUAAAUAUGAUAAUAUAAUUGUAUUGAUUACUAUUUGUUUAUCUUUUGCAACAUCACUCAUGUUUUUGUAUCAGAAAGUUCAGAUGUCUCAGGCUCAGGAAUCUCAAAUAUCUCCAAAACUUAAUGAAUUUCUAAACCUUUUUUUUGUGGAGUUAAAGAUAAUUUUUCUUAGAUUUUGUUUAUUUGGUGCAUGUUUUAUAGGGGCAAUA